CAAAUGGCAGACUAUUACAGUUGAGAGUUCGGAAUAGGCAUGGAUACCCCCAUACACAAUCAGAGAUGGGGGUCGGAAUCAGUUUCUUUUCGUCUUUGAUGAAGGCAUUUCUGAGAGGUUUUGAUUGCUGUUUCUGAUCCCAUUAGUUUGCUCCAUCUUCGUAAAACGCCUAUUUCGCAGAAAAAUGCCUCAAGUGAAGAUCAUCGCGAAGAACUUCAUGGACAUGGUGGCCUCGCUGCCUGCCAUGAAGCUCGACAAGCUCUACGACAACGCCUUUAUUUGUGAGGCCAUUCUCAGAUCUUUGCCACCGUUAGCCAAGAAAUAUGUGCUGCAAUUGUUGUACAUUGAUGUGCCUGUAUCAGCCAAGUCGAUGGAAGAGUGGGUGCUUGCUGAUGGAUUCUCUAAACAUAAAGUAGCCAUUGAUAGAUUGAUUCAGUUGAGAAUAUUAACUGAAACUGUUGACAGGAAAAAGGAAACUACUUAUAGAUUAAACCAAACAUUUCAGAUUAACCUUCGAAAGCAUAUAGUACAUGGUGGAGUUUUACCAAGGGAACCUAUGCCUGCCAAUGUCACAGUGAGACUCCCAAGGUUGGAGGAUUUAGAGGCUUAUGCUGCUGAACAGUGGGAGUGUUUCUUGCUGCAUCUUAUAAGCUCCAGCCAAGCUGAAAGGACGACAAACUUCAGCUCUUCUAUGAUGAAAAUAUUCCAGCGAGGCCUUCUGAGUCAAAGGGACAAAGAAGCUCCAAAAUUAACUGAAAGUGGUUUCCAAUUCCUGUUGAUGGAUACGAAUGCACAACUUUGGUACAUCAUCAGGGAAUAUAUUUCAAAUUCUGAGGAACGUGGCUUGGAUUCAGCAGAUUUGAUUUCAUUUCUGCUUGAGCUUAGUUUCCAUGUUACAGGCCAGGCAUAUAACAUCAAUACAUUGACUGACAUUCAGAAGAGUGUUAUAAAAGACCUAGCAGACUUGGGGUUGGUCAAGCUCCAGCAGGGUAGGAAAGAAAGUUGGUUUAUUCCUACUAAGUUAGCUACCAAUCUGUCAAUUAGCUUAUCGGAUUCAUCAUCACGGAAACAGGGCUUUAUUGUUGUCGAAACAAACUUUCGCAUGUAUGCAUACUCAUCAUCUAAACUACAUUGCGAGAUUUUGCGCCUCUUCGCAAGGGUAGAAUAUCAGCUUCCAAAUCUUAUUGUUUCUGGAAUUACAAAAGAAAGCUUGUAUACUGCUUUUGAAAAUGGCAUUAUGGCAGAGCAGAUAAUUUCUUUUCUUCAGCAGAAUGCACAUCCUCGAGUUGCAGAGAGGAUUCCCACCGUACCAGAAAAUGUCACUGAUCAGAUGAGGUUGUGGGAAUCAGAUAUGAAUAGAGUUGAGAUGACACCAGCUCAUCUCUACGAUGAGUUCCCCUCUAGGGAAGUUUUCGAGGCCGCGUGUGAUUUUGCUCGGGAAUAUGGAGGUUGUUUGUGGGAAGACCCGAAAAAGAUGCGCCUGGUAGUGAAGGCAGAGAUGCACAUGCACAUGCGAGAGUUUCUGCGCAGUCAGAGGCAGUAGAUUCGGAUUCUUUCUGGAAUCUGGCAUACUUGGGGAAGUUCAGUUUCUGAUCUCUAGAGAGGAAGGGAAGGGGGGAGAGGAAAAUGCAGAAAGGAAGAAGAAGAGAAGCAUAGAGGUUGAAGGUCAUUCAGGAUCUGAAAAUAGGGGUUCUGUUUGGUUUAUUAUUUAAUGUGAAGAGGCUGUUUCUCAUUUGGCUCAAACAAAUUCCCACUAGAAUGCCUUUUGUGUACAAAAUUUGUUUUGUCUGGAAGAUUCAGCAGCAGCAGCUUCAGCUUGCUUAAUUUAUAGAUAUUAUUAUUGAUUUAAACUUGUCAAAAAGUGUUUAUAAAAAGAUCAUUGAUUCAGUAGGGUAGGGCAUCAACUCCGAUUGGCAUGAGAACUUGCAAUGACUGUUGACUAUUGAAAAUUGCAGGUGAAUGAGUAAAGUAAUUAUAUCUAAAAAA